UUUUGAUUGAUUCAUUAAAAAAAAAACGGAGAGAAUAAAGAGAAGGAUAGAAAGCUGGAGGGAAAAAGGAGAGGGGAAGAGAGGCAAUAAAUGUGAUUAAGGAAACGACGCGUGGUUCCCGUGAACUGCUUUUAUACUCACUCUCCCCCCAUUCCCUCCUUCAACCCCCCUCUCUCUCUCCUCUCCCCUAUCUCUCUCUAAAUACCUCCCAUCCAAACAAACGAACAACAAACUGAUAUAAAUCACCACCACCAUAGCCAUCUUCUCUGCAAUUGCUCACUCUCUUCGAUCAGGUUUGUCGAUAUAUUUAUCGGUGACUAUUGUUGAAUUUGACUAUCUGCAUAUUCCGAUCACCUUCUAUGGAGGCGUCGCUGAUCUCAAACGUCGACGGAAGCCUCGACGCGUCGUUGAUAGAGUCGUCUCGCAAAAAGCGGAGGAAAAUCGGAGCCGUCGAAUCGGAUCGGAAUCCGACUACGAAAACCGGAGCCCGAUGGAGAUCAGAGACGGAGCUACGGAUCUACUCCACGAAGCUCGUAGAGGCGCUCCGUCAGGCUCGCCAGAGAUCGUCGCCGGAGGCGAAGGUCUCCGAAGGCAGCAGGGAAGUGAAGGAGGCGGCAGACCGGGUUCUGGCCGCGGCGGCCAAGGGCACGACUCGGUGGAGCAGAGCGAUUUUAAGAACUCGACUCAGAUUGAACCAGAAGCUUCACAAACGUAGAACGGCGAAGGUGACCGGGAAUAACCGGUUGAAAAAAGCGGAGGUUAGGAGAGAGGGGAGGAAGUUACCGGUUGUGGAGAGAAAAGUUCGAGUUCUGAGCCGGUUAGUUCCCGGUUGCCGGAAGGCGUCGUUGCCGAACCUUCUAGAAGAAACGAGCGAUUACAUAUCGGCUCUGGAGAUGCAGGUGAGAGCCAUGGCUGCUCUCCCUCCUCAUUGUAAUUUAGAUUAUCGUUUGUAUUAAAAAAUAACAACAACAUAUCCAACCAUUUAUUUUCAUAGACUA